AAUUGCACAUGAGCUGCGCUAAAGUGUGCCAAAACAAAACGGCAUAAACCCCUUAAUAUUUUCUUCUUUACCAAGUCGAAGCGAAUUUGAAAGCCCUGGGUUCAGAGAUUAUCUUCACCUCUCUAGCUCUCUCUCAAAAAAUGGCGGACUCAAUAAUGCGCCCGUGGUUUCUCGAUUUGGUACCUCUUUUGGUGGUUCUUCUAAUAGCAGCUCACGUCCUCGCUUUGGUUUACUGGAUUUACAGGCUAGCUACUGAUAAACAGCCCCAAAGAAGAAAAGCACACUGAGGAUUAAGCAGGUACUUGUUCCUAAUGCGGAAUGGGCUUCUAUUUGGACCGGUUAUAUGACAAUCACAGAGAACUCCUUAUACAUAUCGUGUAGCUUGUGUUUUUUGGGACAUCACAUUGCUGCAUGUUCCUUGUCUGUGGAAUUGCUGCGCCAUCCAACAUUAUUGAGUGCCUGGAAUUGCCCUUGCUGUUUGCACCAUUGAACGCUUGGACAACGGUUGAUUUGAUUGUUUGACUGUACUUGAUUUCUCCCCUUUCUUCCUUGAGAUACACGUUCACCAACACUGUCUCCAACACUAUCUUUGACCAACCGGGAAUUUCAUUAUACUUUAGUUGUUGACCAAA